AUGUCCCAUUGCGAGCUGGCUUCUAGGCCGCUGCUGCAAUGUCUUCGGCAGACUUGCAGCAGAGGUCUGCCCGUGAUCCAACUGCAGUCUGCACGGUCCUUCCAGACCACGGCGGUUGCUCGCGAUGAGGCCCAGGCGACCGAGCCCAAAAAGGAGCCCUUCUACAAGAAUCCUGACCCUGCCCUCGUGAGCAGUCCUCGACUGGAGAAGAAGUUGCUGAAACAGGGCAUCUCGCCAAUUGGAUCUCGACGACGUCGUGCAGCCCUGCAGUCCUGUCCCAACAUCCCUUUCGAACAGCUCCCCUACCAAUGCUUCCAGGAGGCCCGGAAGGUGCUGCUGGAAGACCGGGAGGAGAAGCUCAAGGAGAUCGCGCGGGAGCGAGACAGGAUCGCGAGGGUUCGUGCCACGCCGGCUGAGGAGAUGGGAGGCGAAGUAGCGAAAAAGUCCAAAUUGGUCGCAAUGGAGAAGCAUCUGGAACGACUCAAAAUCCUCGCAGAUAUCAAUGACCCCAUCGUCAAAAAGAAAUUUGAGGACGGUCAAGGGGACAUGAACAAGCCGAUUUAUCGGUAUCUGGCAGACAGGAAAUGGCGAGAAUACCGGCGUUUGAUCCUCAUCCAAAGAAUCACGCAGAUGAAAGUCAUCCCUGAUGUUCUGCCUCAUUGCGAUCCCACUGUCGAUGUGAAGCUAUACUUCGGCCGCCGUUGCAUCCAGCCCGGCGAAUUCGUGGACUCCCGGGUCAGCGUGACUCCGCCCAAGCUCAACAUCCAGUCCUUCGAAAAGGGAGAGAAGCUUGUGACGAUCGCCGUGAUGAACCCGGACAUUCCGAAUGUCGAGACCAAUGGCUUCGAUUUCCGGUGCCACUUCCUCGCCAUCAACGUGCCCAUCUCCCCGACCAACACACGCGUCAACCUGGCCAACCUUUCCGAAGAGAACCAGGUUCUCCUCCCCUGGUUCCCGCCGGCGGCUCAGAAGGGAAGCCCAUACCACCGCCUGUCUCUUCUCGUCUUGGAGCAAGAGGAUUCAAAGCCCCUGGAUAUUGCUGCCGUCAGGGAGAGGGGAAUUUCGCGCGACCACAUGCGUUUGCGGACUCUGCAGAGCUGGUAUCAUCUGAAGCCGAUCGGUGCACACAUGUUCCGGAACCAGUGGGAUGAGGGCACCGACGAAGUUAUGGCGAAGUUUGGAAUUGAGGUCAUUUUACAAUCGUUAUGUAUGAAUAUAUACAAUGCCGCUUUUUCUGUAAACCAUCCCAACUCUGAACGCCUGAUGCCAAUGCAAAUACCUCAGAAUAAACGUAUAUAUCGUACAGUCCCCACCUGUCUUUCACGACGAGUGCUCAUCCGAGAACUGGGCCGGUUGCAGGGUGUUUGUCACCCAUUGGAUCUUCGAGGGUGGCCAGACUCGGGCGAUGAUCUUUCCAUUGACCAGGCCCAGAGGCACGGGUCCGUAAUUUCUCGAGUCUCGCGACCAGGGCAGAUUGUCACCGGCAAGAAAGACGUGACCUUCGGGGACCUGGAGCAGUUUUUGAUUGACAACGGUCAGAACUGUUUGCAACCUAAAUUCUUGGAAACAAACCUGAAUCAUCUCCCCCUCCUCGCCAACCUCCGUACUGAACGGCGGAUCCUUGCAGACGAAAUCGCCCGGCAUGCCCAGGACGCGUUUGGCGCCAUUGACGCCGAGGAAGGUCGGGUGGUAGAAACGCACGACGUCGCCGACCUGGAUGCCCUUGCCGUGGUCGUGCAGCCGCGAGAUGAGGAGCCAGUCGCCGCGGGUGCUGAAGGUCGGGUACAUCGAGGGGCCCUCGCUGCGCUGGAUGGUGAAGAAGUGCUCCCAGACAAGGGUGCAGGCGCAGAAGACGCCCAGGCCGUCCAGCGUCAGGCGGAGGACUGCUCCGGGAGUAGCACGCCGGAGCGCUUGGCGGAAUAG